AGUGUGGUUUGCAAGGUGUGACGGUCACAUUCAUUCAGCCGUCCACCCAUCCUGAACUCAGAAGCUGAAUGAAACAGAGGUUUCAACGGGAAGGUCAGGCAUGGAGCUGAAGGUCUGGGUGGACGGCGUCGUCAGGGUGGUCUGUGGCCUUUCUCUCAACACUUCCUGUCAGGACGUGGUCAUCUCUCUCGCACAGGCCAUUGGCCAGACGGGUCGGUAUGUUCUGGUCAGGAAGUUUCGAGGUCUGGAGCGAGCUCUGGCUCCUGAGGACUGUCCCGUGCAGCUGCUGGCUCACAUGGGGCAGCUGGCUGCAGAGGUCCACUUCAUCCUGCGCAGAACUGGUCCCAGCCUGAGUGAAGGUCCUCACAAACCCUCCAAGCAGAAGGAUCCUCCCCUGCUGGUGCCCUCAGAACCAGAACUAAUUAACCACAAGGCUCCUCAGAAAUCCCUCACCUUCAAUUUGGGACCCUCGACUCUCCCCAGGAGGACUAAACGCAGCAGGAACUGGUCUCCCACUCUGGGGGAAUCAGCAGAAGUGCAGACUUCCUCCGAUACUUUCCAGGAUCGUCCCAACCCUCCGUCUGAUCCUCACAAGGAGGAGAUGUUCAGGGAGAUCCUGCAGCAGCAGAAGAUGCUGCAGGACCUCGAGGUUCAGAUUGAAGCUCUGGAGAAGGAGGCAGAUUUAUGGGACCAGAAGGUCACGUCCGCUCCAGAUCCACCUCCACACCUAACAGAGGACCUGCAGGAGCUGGAGUAUCGGCUGAAGCAGUGCGAGGUGGAGCUGAUGUACGGAGAAAACUGGGAGGAGGAGCUGAAGGUGGAACUGGAGCGAGAACAAGAGAUGCAGCGACGCCUCCAACAGAUACACUCGUCCAUAGAGGAUCAGAGUUACGAGAUCAAGGUGCUGCAGAGCCGCUCGGAUCACCUGGAGCAGGACGUACAGGGCCGAACGCAGACAAACAGUGCUGAGGAGGAGGAGGCCCGGCAGACGGACCAGGCCCUCAGGUCCCUGACGCAGGAGCUCCACAACCGGCUGCAGCUGGGAGAGGAUCUGGACGCCGCGCUGGCGGACUCGCAGUGGAAGCUGCAGACUGCAGAAGAAACGGUAAAGGUCCGGCUGGAGAUGAUCGACGGGCUGAGCAAGGAGCUGAGGCAGUGUGACCUGAAGCAGUUCAUCCAGCAGGCUGGUGUGAACCCUUACGCUGAUCAGGUGGCGCCGCUGCCUGUUAACGAAGUCUAGCUCACCGAGGCUCACGUCUGGAAGUAGGAACAGCCGAGGCAUCAGCAGGACACAGAUGGAGAGGAGAAAUCUUAAAGGCCGAUCAAAAUACAGCUGCGUCUGUCUGCGUGUGUGAAAUUAUACGUUGUGUUUGUUGGAUAACCCGGAUGUGUGAAGAUAAAUUAAAGAGAUUAAAUAUAUAUUGACCAGUGUGUACAGUUGUGUGACCUGUAAUGUCACUUUUUAUAUGAAGAAUAAAUGUGUUUGUUCCAUUUCCAAAAUAAA